GUAAGAAUUGUCAGUUGAGAUCGGAAAUCGCUGCACUGUGCGCCUUAAAGUAGACCGAAGAGUUGCAUUUAAAUGAGGAGGGAAUGUCAAUUAAUAAAAAUUGUGAUAGUUACCGUGUGGAGCAAAAUGUGGUGUUGUUAGCAAAAAAGCAAUCGUAAUUCAGUUUUUUUAUAAGCUCAAAUCCAAACUACUAGUUUACGUGUACGCGCCUGAAAUUGAAACGUUCAACGAACGCCAUCUGUUGAACGGAACGGGAACACUCUUGCAAAUUUAAUUGUUUCUUAUCCUCGCACCCUAAUUAUUUUUAUAUUUCAAUUCUUCCACGAUUCCCGUUCUCGGAUUUUAUUCGAAUAAUCGAAUAAAUAGAAAUUAGAAUAAUCGUUAGAAUAAUCUUCCUCGUGAAAUCCUUUUAUCGAGGAAAAGCGUUUUAAGAACUGGUUCACAUGUUGCAACCGAUAGAAUCUCGUAAAAUUGCAGGAAUGCAAAGGGAGAAAUUGGAGUUACUAUCAGAUAGCAGCGACGAACGAUCGGAAUACUGGAAUGUAUCGACUAGAAAUGGCCGAAAAUGCAGAGGCAGACGAGGUCGAGCUUGUCCCGGAAUUUUUAAAGCUUGUAGUGCCUUUCUGGCUUGUGCCUCCGUAUUAGCAACCGCUAGUUUAAUUUGGCUGUUCAUCGAUGUUCGUCAGCAACUCACUGCUCUUCGGAACGAGCUGGACCAAGUAAUCGCCGGUAGCGAAGGUGUUCCAGAUGCCCUGCAGAAGUGCCACUCCCUAUCGAGAGAUCUUCAGAACAACCAAACAAUUAUUUUCUCUCAUCUGACCGAUUUUAAGCUUCAAAUCAAUAAUUUUACGUCGCAGCUAGCCGUUAUCCAGCGCGAUCGGCAGAGCGUAGAGGAGUGGUUCAAAGCUGCCCCAGAACUGGCCAACGUACCGACGGACUUGAAAGCACUCUCGAGUAGCGUGGUAUCGUUUGGCAGCCAAAUACAAGACUUGAGUGCCACCGUGAAGACCUUGAAGGAGUUCAACGUAAGGGUGCAGGAUGCCCAGACCACUAUGCAGCAAAAUAUCAGCAGUAUCAAGAACGCCGUGUCGGAGUUGUCCAACAUCACGCAGAAGCCGCAGACCGUUGCUGCCAACGAGACAAAAAUAAAGACUGACGAGCUAGAGGCGGCGAUAAUACGCUUAACGACUAAAUUGACGCGCAUCAAUGAAACUCUCACCAGAGAGUUGCGAUGGUUCUCCGACGAUUGGAGCAAAGACCAUAAAACAUUGGUCUUGCUUCAGGAAACGUCGCAGCACGUUAGCAUGAAAGUGAUAUCUUUGGAGAACGAGUACGUAAACACUACCGCGUCUGUUGAAAAGUUGAAUAACCAAGUGAGCGAGAUUUACGCGAUGAACGCGCAACUAAACGACAGGAUGAAGCAGCUGGAACAAUCGCAUGACACUUUGAAGAAUUCAACGAGUGCGAUGCUCGCUGCGAUACCAGGUGUUCAGAGUCAGAAACUGAAAAGACCUAAGAGCCUGGAAGGAUCGAUCGUUGGGGACGUUCCGAUCGAACAGGAUCACAGUGCGUCUCGGAUGACGAUCUAUCCAUAAAAAACUCGACGAGUAAAUCAAAACGAUCCAGGGUAACCCCGUAAUAUAUUUUAGAUGAUAUAUUGCGGAGAUACUUGGGCGAAGAAUCGUUUUGCACGAUGUAGCAACCGUGUCUCCAAAUACGAAGAUGUGUGUAUUUGUAAAUAUUAUCGAAUUAAGUAUGUUGAAAUUCCAUGUAUAUAGAAAGAAAAAUAUCGAAUGCCUCGGGCUAUGUAAUUCCGGUGCACAGAAUAAUCGGCAAGGAUUUAUCGCUCGAUUAUUAUACCGAAAUGUGUUUUACGAUCAAACGUGAACUAAGGGAGAGCUAUUUGUAACUAGCAAUAACGUAUACGUUAAUCUAGUAUUGUGAAAAUCGAAUACCGUGUAUUUGAAGCAUAUUUUCGAAUACGACGGAAUUGCCAAUCUCUAGAGGAUGCUGUAUGUAACUAGCUGAGUAUUUGAGAUAUACCAUCGAAAAGUACAAAGAGCGUUUACACUUGUUCUUGCGUUACGAAACAAAAUUUAGAAACGUUUAACACCUCUCCCAACCCCUAAAUGUCCAUGUAUAAUUGCAAUAAAUUUUUCUACUCUUCUACCGUUUGUAGCGCAGUAUAGGCCACGAAUUUGCCAAACGUUUUGGUAACGCUAAAGAAUAACCCAAACUUCUGCAGAAUUCAAAACUUUAGACCCCUCUUUUCUCCUACGUUUAUAGAGAACUGAUCGAUUUAGUACUAUGUAUUGUAUUAUAAAAAAAAAAGUGAGGUUAUGGCAAGUACAUUAGCCAUAUCGUACCAAACGGAUUAUUCGAGGAUCGAAUGGUCCGCGAAUGAAAUAGGGAGCAAGAAAUUUUGUGAAUUCUUUUUGUCGAAAUUAAAUAAAAUAUAAAACAAGGGUGAUGUAUGA